CGCGCGCCCUCGCACCGCCCGUUCCGGCCCCGUGACGUGCCGAGCGUAAACAAGGCGGUGCACGCUGGGAAGGGGGAAUCGUUACGUGCAGGAAGAGGGAGCCUCCAUCUUAGGCGCUCGGCGGCGUCGGGAUGGCGGCUGAUAGCCGGGAGGAAAAAGAUGGUGAACUCAAUGUUCUGGAUGACAUUUUGACUGAUGCUCCAGACCAAGAUGAUGAGUUGUAUAACCCCGACAGUGAGCAAGAUAAAAGUGAGAAAAAGGGAUCAAAAAGAAAAACCGACAGGAUGGAAAAUGCUGAAAACAAGAGACAAAAGCCUUCUGUGCAUUCAUCAAGGCAGAUGAUGCCAAAGCCUCCUAGUUCAUCAGUUAGCAAUAACAAGAGAAUAGUGAGUACGAAAGGAAAACCAAUAUCAGAAUACAAGAAUGAGGAGUAUCAGAGGUCUGAUAGAAACAAGCGUCCAGAUGGUGAUCGAAAGACACGCAUGUCAAGCAGUUCCAGGGAACCUUAUAAAGGACAACCAGAAAAACCUUGCUUGAGGAAGAGGGAUAUUGACAGAAGGGCAAAGUCUUCUACACCAGAUGGUUCAGAGAGAAUCAGGCAUGAUGUGGAUAGAAGACCAAGCAGAUCCAGCCAUUCUUCUAAAGAAGAGGUGAACUCUGAGGAAUAUUGUUCAGAUCAUGAGACUGGCAGUAGUGGUUCCUCUGAACAAGGCAAUACAGAGAAUGAGGAGGAAGGAAUGGAAGAAGAGGAAGACGAUGAAGGGGAGGAGGAUGAAGAGGUAGAAGAAGAUGGGGAGGAGGAUGAAGAAGAGUAUGAACAGGAUGAGAGAGAUCAGAAGGAAGGAAAUGACUACGACACGCGAAGCGAAGCCAGCGAUUCCGAUUCCGAAUCUGCCUCUUUCACAGAUGGGUCAGUCAGAUCUGGGUCUGGUUCAGAUGCAUCAGAUGAGAAAAAGAAGGAGAGGAAGAGAGCUAGAGGUAUCUCUCCAAUUGUUUUUGACAGAAGUGGAAGUUCUGCAUCAGAAUCGUAUGCAGGUUCAGAAAAGAAGCAUGAGAAAUUAUCAUCUUCCGUUCGUGCUGUCCAAAAAGACCAAACAAGUAAACUUAAAUACAUUCUCCAAGAUGCAAGAUUCUUUCUUAUCAAGAGUAAUAACCAUGAAAACGUAUCACUUGCUAAAGCAAAGGGAGUAUGGUCGACACUUCCAGUGAAUGAAAAGAAGCUUAAUGCUGCAUUUAGAUCAGCAAGGAGUGUUAUUUUGAUUUUUUCUGUAAGAGAGAGUGGCAAAUUCCAAGGAUUUGCAAGACUCUCUUCAGAGUCCCAUCAUGGAGGAUCACCUAUACACUGGGUGCUGCCUGCAGGAAUGAAUGCAAAAAUGUUGGGAGGUGUCUUUAAAAUUGACUGGAUUUGCAGGCGUGAAUUGCCGUUCACUAAGUCUGCUCACCUGACCAAUCCUUGGAAUGAACAUAAGCCAGUAAAGAUUGGACGUGAUGGACAGGAAAUUGAGCCGGAAUGUGGAACCCAACUUUGUCUUCUCUUCCCUCCUGAUGAAAGUAUUGACUUGUAUCAAGUCAUUCAUAAAAUGAGGCACAAGAGAAGAAUGCACUCACAACCCCGAUCAAGAGGACGCCCAUCCCGUCGAGACCCCGUUCGGGACGUGGGAAGGCGUCGACCAGAAGAUUAUGAUAUUCAUAACAGCAGAAAGAAACCAAGGAUUGACUAUCCCCCUGAGUUUCACCAAAGACCAGGGUAUAUAAAGGAUCCCAGAUAUCCCGAAGUAGACAGACGAUUUUCAGGAGUUCGACGAGAUGUAUUUUUAAACGGGUCCUACAAUGAUUACGUGAGGGAAUUCCACAACAUGGGACCACCACCGCCAUGGCAAGGAAUGCCACCGUAUCCAGGUAUGGAGCAGCCACCACACCACCCUUACUAUCAGCACCAUGCACCUCCACCUCAAGCUCACCCUCCAUACUCAGGACAUCAUCCUGUACCACAUGAAGCAAGAUACAGAGACAAACGAGUACACGACUACGACAUGAGAGUAGAUGACUUUCUUCGCCGCACACAAGCAGUUGUCAGUGGACGGAGGAGCAGGCCUCGGGAGAGGGACCGAGAGCGGGAACGGGACCGUCCUAGAGAUAACAGAAGAGACAGAGAACGUGACAGAGGCCGUGAUCGGGAAAGGGAGAGAGAGAGGAUUUGUGACCGGGACAGAGACAGAGGUGAAAGAGGUAGAUACCGAAGAUAAUCUAUCUGGAACCAGUGCUCACUUGAAACAAAAAAAGCUUGUAUUUUUUUGUGUGUUUACAAGUAGUACCUUUUAUUUUCAGCUGUCUACUUAAAGUUCGUUGUGUAGAAGGAUUUAUAAUGACCCUCUCUAUUCCAAGCAUGCAGUGAACUGUGAACUGGAAAAACUCAAAUCGGCCAAAAAUAAAACAUGCGAAGCUGACAUUCAACUUCACAUUUUUAUUGGAGCAGAAUGGGAAACAGCUGAGAAUGUAGAUAUUGAUUAAUUCUCAAUAAGUGUUCAUCUACUUAGUGACUUUAUUCUAGGUUUUUGAAUACUGAUGGAUAACUGCCUUUUUAUUUUAUUUUUUUUUUCUUUUUCAUUUGCUUUGAUGUUUUCUUCCUGUGUUUUCACAUGGUUCAGUGGGAGAAUGCUGCUAUCAAGUAUGCAAAUAUUGAAGUAUGAUUUUUUUUUUGACUGUAUGGCAGUGUUGUAGCAGCCUUUUUUUCCCCCCCCUCCUCUUCACCCCAUUUUUUAACCCUAUCUGUAAAGUCAAGUGUUUUUUCAGUCUUCAGUAAUGAAAGCAAUAUUAAGAAGACACUAUUGAUAUCUAAUUUUUAACCUUUUUAAAAAAUAUUCCUGUGUUCAGUAACAUUUUGGUCAAUUCUCUUGUCUAGUCUCCUUCCCAAAUGUACACAUUGCUUGGAAUGUUCACAACCUGCCUGUGUGGAACCAGAAGAUAUUGCUGUAUUCUACAUUGCUACAAUUUUUUUUAUAUAAAAAUAAAUUGGUAACUAUUGAAAUGAUUAGAACUCCAGAUCGAGUUUCUUGGUCUUCUAACCUUGCCAGCUUUGAUAGAUUCUGGCAGCUCUAGGAAGGUAUUUGUGUUCCAAAAUAGUUCACAAGUUCUUCUGGUAAGUGAAGUUGAUCCAAAGCCUGAAUUUAGGAAAAGGACUUCUGAAAUCAAAGGUAAUUGCUUUUCUGUUUCCACAGUGAAGUAGUCAACAGCUCCUGCAGCUAAUCAGAGUUAUAAAGGCCAUACACAUUCAACUUAAUGAAAUGAUCCUCAAGCCAUUGAGAGGCUGUCCUUGGCUGUAAACAUACCUGUCUCCCAGGAGUACGUUAGUCCUGCAAGAUCCAGACUCUCCCCAUGUCUUCGUUACAGUGAUUACUGCAUCGCUUGCUAUUUCUCUUAACUAGGAAUUAUUUCAACCUAAAUGUCAAUGGUAAAACUGAAAAAGAGAAGUAAAACUUGUUGUGAAAGUUG